CGCCGCAGCCCUGCUGAGCGCGUGUGCGAUUGAUGGCGCAGCCUUGCCGGCACUGUUUUAGGGCAUUGGCCGACAUUCAUUGCGGGAGGUUGGUUGAUUCGAGUUGAAGUUAGUCAGCGCUGCCGAAUUUUUACACCCAUCUUUUCCCGCCUAAUCGUUUUAUUGAAUCUGUAGGCAAUAAGCAUGGCGGAUGACAUGAAAGCCGCUGUGGGCGCCCUCCUGAAAGGCAUAGACAGGUACAACCCCAAGAAUCUGGUGAUGUUUGAGCAGUAUGUGGACCGGCAGUGUGCAGAAAACAUGUAUGACCUGGAGGCGAAUUUGGCGGUGCUCAAACUCUACCAGUUCAACCCCAGUGAAUACAACCCAGCUAUCACACAGCGCAUUCUACUGAAGGCAAUCACCAACCUGCCACACACAGAUAUCAUCCUGUGCAAGUGUCUUCUGGCUCCAGAAAAUAUGGAGGAGCCGGAGGUGCAGGACAUCCUGCGGCUCUCCACCCUGCUCGAGCUGUGCCAGUUCCAGGCCUUCUGGGAGAUCAUCGUCGAGCAGCCGUCCAUCAUCGCCGGCAUGACGGGCUUCGAGGACUCGAUCAGGAGGUACGCCUGUCACGUGCUCAACAUCACCUACCAGCGCAUUAGCAAGGAGCUGGUGCGCUCCACCCUCAACGUGACCGGUGAGGACGCGCGCCGCCCGUCCCUCUGUCUGUCGGCUCGCGUGGCUUACACCCAGGAGACCUAUGCCCACUGGAUCUACGCCCAGGAGACCUACGCUCACGAGACCUAUGCUCACGAGACCUAUGCCCACGAGGCCUACGCCCAAGAGGCAUACGUCUACUGGACCUACGCUCACGAGAAAUACAGCCAGGAGGCCUACGCUCACUAUACCCACGCCUAG